GGAGGGAGCGCGGGCGGGCGGCGGCAGCAUGCCCCUCGGCGGGCGCGGGCGGCCUCUGCGCGCGGCGGGCACGGCUGCGGCUCGGACCCCGGCCCCGGGCCGCCCCUGAGCCCCCGCGCCCGCGGCUCUGGGGCUCGGCAGCGAAAUCUCCGAGGCGCCGAGCCGGACGGGGUCCUUUGCGGUCCGCGGGGCGCGGGGCCAUGAGCCCGGCCGCCACCUGACGCACGGGGGGCGCUGCCCGGCGCCGACCGCGCCCCCGAAGUUCCGCGCCCCGGUCUCGCCCAGCUGGGCACCCGCGUCCGGCCCCGGCGGAGGCGGCCUCGGGAGAGCGGUCGGGUGGGGGCCAUGGAGCCGGCGGCGGCGUCCGCGGGCCAAGCCCGGGAGGCAGCCACGAAGCUGUCGGAGGCGGUGGGCGCGGCGCUGCAGGAGCCCCGGCGGCAGCGACGCCUGGUGCUGGUGAUCGUGUGCGUGGCGCUCUUCCUGGACAACAUGCUGUACAUGGUCAUCGUGCCCAUCGUCCCCGAGUACAUCGCUCACAUGCGCGGGGGCAGCGAGAACCCCAUCCUGACCACCGACGCGUGGGUGCCCACCCUGCCGCCGCCGACCGUGGCCAAUGUCAGUGCGGACGCUCUCAACGCCUCCGAGUCCCCGCGCGCCGCGUGGCCGUCCGGCCCGGCGCUGCGGCCGCGCUACCCCACGGAGAGCGAGGACGUGAAGAUCGGGGUGCUGUUCGCCUCCAAAGCCAUCUUGCAACUGCUGGUGAACCCCCUGAGCGGGCCCUUCAUCGACCGCAUGAGCUACGACGUGCCGCUGCUCAUCGGCCUGGGCGUCAUGUUCGCCUCCACCGUGAUGUUCGCCUUCGCCGAGGACUACGCCACGCUCUUCGCGGCGCGCAGCCUGCAGGGCCUGGGCUCGGCCUUCGCGGACACGUCUGGCAUCGCCAUGAUCGCCGACAAGUACCCCGAGGAGCCGGAGCGCAGCCGCGCGCUGGGGGUGGCGCUGGCCUUCAUCAGCUUCGGCAGCCUCGUGGCGCCGCCCUUCGGGGGCAUCCUCUACGAGUUCGCGGGCAAGUGCGUGCCCUUCCUGGUGCUCGCCGCCGUGUCGCUGUUCGACGCGCUGCUGCUGCUGCUGGUGGCCAAGCCCUUCUCGGCCGCGGCGCGGGCGCGGGCCAACCUGCCGGUGGGCACGCCCAUCCACCGCCUCAUGCUGGACCCUUACAUUGCAGUGGUGGCCGGCGCGCUCACCACCUGCAACAUCCCCCUGGCCUUCCUCGAGCCCACGAUCGCCACCUGGAUGAAGCACACGAUGGCGGCGUCCGAGUGGCAGAUGGGCAUGGUCUGGCUGCCGGCCUUCGUGCCGCACGUGCUCGGCGUCUACCUCACCGUGCGUCUGGCGGCGCGCUACCCGCACCUGCAGUGGCUGUACGGGGCCCUGGGGCUGGCGGUGAUCGGCGCCAGCUCCUGCAUGGUGCCUGCGUGCCACUCCUUCGCGCCGCUGGUGGUCUCGCUGUGCGGCCUCUGUUUCGGCAUUGCGCUGGUGGAUACCGCGCUGCUGCCCACGCUCGCCUUCCUCGUGGACGUGCGUCAUGUCUCGGUCUACGGCAGCGUCUAUGCUAUUGCCGACAUCUCCUACUCCGUGGCCUACGCGCUAGGGCCCAUCGUGGCGGGCCACAUCGUGCACUCGCUGGGCUUUGCGCAGCUCAGCCUCGGCAUGGGGCUGGCCAACCUGCUCUACGCGCCCGUCUUGCUGCUACUGCGCAAUGUGGGCCUCCUGACGCGCUCCCGCUCCGAGCGCGACGUGCUGCUUGACGAACCGCCGCAGGGUCUGUACGACGCCGUGCGCCUCCGGGAGCGCAACGUGCAGGGGUCCGACGGCGCGCCUCACAGCCCGCCAGGCCCCUUUGAGGAGUGCGAGGAGGACGACUACGACUACUACACCCGCAGCUAGCACUCCCGCGCCUCCUCCAGCCCCCCGCCCCCCGCCCCCACACUCUCGGGUCCAGGCGACUGCUCUGUGAGCGCACUGGCCGGCUCAGGCUCAGGGCCCACCCCCUCCAGCGAGUACCCCGGGCGCCUCCCCCGUCUUGACCUUCCCUGCCCCGCUCCCCUUUCUCUCCACGAUCUUUGUCUCUUGUCGCUCUCUUUCUCCUCCAGUGGGGCGUGGAGCACCAAGGCGCUCAAGAGAGAUGGGACUCGGUCCGGUUCAGAGAUGAAGAGGCGCCUGCCGCCCCCCCUCGGGCUCCCUGAUGUGAAGGUGUGCACCCCUCCCUGCUCCCGUCUG